AUGGUUACAAAAUCCAACGCGAGAGAAACACUAGCCAAAUUCGCCACUAAUGACCUGGCCGGUAUAUGCGACGGCCAAACGCGUAGAAAAAACGUUCUCAAACUUAUCAAAAUCCUCAAAAUCCUCAAAGUUCUCAAAGUUCUCAAAGUUCUGAAAAUCCUCAAAAUUCUCAAAUCUCGAGAGUUUCGUUCUCAAAAUUCUCAAACUUAUCAAAAUCUUCAAAAUCCUCAAAAUCCUCAAAGUUCUCAAACUUAUAAAAAUCCUCAAAAUCCUCAAAGUUCUCAAACUUAUCAAACUUAUCAAAAUCCUCAAAAAUCCUCAAAUUCUCAAACUUAUAAAAAUCCUCAAAAUCCUCAAAGUUCUCAAAGUUCUCAAACUUAUCAAAAUCCUCAAAAUCCUCAAAGUUCUCAAAGUUCUCAAAGUUUUCAAAAUCCUCAGAAUCCUCAAAAUCCUCAAAAUCCUCAAAAUCCUCAAAAUUCUAAAAAUUCUCAAAUCUCGAGAGUUUCAUUCUCAAAUCUUCUCAACCAGGGAUGGAUGAUUCCUUUACCUAGAUAUCUACAUAUGUUAAUCAAAUGA